AUCGUCUUGACGCUCUCUCGUGAGAAGCUUGAGCAUUAUUCCAAUGCCUAAAAUUGAAUGAAUUGCACAGAAAAUCGAAAUCAUUGAAUCGGUCAUUCAAAUCAGAGUGUGGUGUGCGUACAAAAGUUAAAUUGAAUAAAUCGCGUUUAAAACAAGAAUGAAUAAAUCGCAUUGAUAAUAUUCAAUUAUUACAUGUAUUAUAUUGAAAAUCAAAUGAAAAUAUUACUAUUUUUUGUUGAUGUUGAACAGCGAAGAGCUUUUGUAAUGAGAGUAUAAAACAAAAUAAAUAAAUACAAUAAUAACACAAAAAAACGAUGACGUUGUGAAAUAAAAAAAAACCGUGUCGAACGAUUUGUUUUCGAAUUUACAAAACACUGAUUUCAUAAUUCGAUUGUGUUUUUGGCAUAAAUGUUUCAACUUGAUUUGAUGUGAUUUGAUUAAAUACAUUUGCAUUGCGCUCGAAGAAUUCCACAAAAUCACACAAAGAGAUAGAGACACAGACCAACAGUGUGUGUUUGUUUUGUAAAACUUUUCUGUCCAUGCAUACAAUCAGAUUGAGAGCAAAAGAAAGAGAUAUAUAUAUAUAUAUAGAGAGAGAGAGAGAAAGAGAGAGUGAGUGCAGUGUCUGCUCAUUUAAGUCGUUAGCUCUGCUUGAUUUUACGAGGAUUUGAUUGUUUUUGUCCUUGUUGUAUGCAAAUUUGCAGAUAAAUAAAGAGUUGUUUGUUUCCAUCGGUCAGAUGUAGUUUAGAGAAAUGUUUCUUAAUUCAAUUCAAUGAAAGAGUGAGAAGAAAAUAAACAUUAAAGCAAACGAGAAAAAUAUAGAAAACCGACGAACACUACAUAGUUAACUACUCGAACGUCCAGAAAAUGCAAUAAGAUAUAAAGAAUGUUUCGUAUUUAAAUUAGUUUUGGUGUUGGUAUUUGUUUCUGUGGCGCUUCAAUUAAAUUCGAACAAUGAAUGCAAAGAAAAACGCAAACCAAAUUACAAAUUGCUGUCCAACUGGAUCUAAUACAACAUUUGGGCGAAAAAGUACUUCAAGAAAACUUUUUUUCUAAAAAAAAAAAACAAUUUUCAUCGUGAAGAAAAGACAAACUGGUGCGUGUCGCAUACAAAGACAAAUAAAUAGACAGUAAGGAGUCCACAAAUUAGACAAAAUAAAAUGCAAAAUUCAAGAAAGUGAAGAGAAAGUGAGAUGUUUAAAUUUCGAUAACAAAUGCCAAGUUUUGGAGACAAACAAAACUGCAGAAAAAAAAGAGAACAACUUAAUUUAUCUGAAUGAAAAUGUACCAAAAAUAAAUCUGUUGUACAUCAAAUAUGGUUAAAUAUUAACACAAUAAUAGAAUAGACACAUACACGGAAGUAUAAUGCAUUUUACGUACCACAUUAUAAAAGAGGUGGGAAAAAAAUAUUAAAACAGAUGUCGACCGAGUCAGCACACUGACCACAUAGUUUCGUGUGAAUGAAGCAUAAAUUGUGUGUAUGUGCGUUAGUGGUUGGUUGUUUUCUUUGGAACGCUUAGUAUGAAAAGUCACACAAAAGCAUACCGCAUACCAUUUUAUGAAUGGAGCAACGAAACCAGUUGAACCAAACAAAAUCUACAAGAACUUAAAGGAGCCGCAAACGAGACAACAACAAAAAAUUGUCGUUUUUUUCGCUGUUUAUGCACUCCAUGCAUGAGCAUUACAAAUAGUUGGGAUAUUAUUAGUUGAAUCAAGUUAAUGCAACCGUAACAGAGAAAAAAGAAAGAAAGCACAGAAACAAAAGCGUGUUUUUGUGAUUAAGAAGCAUUUCCGAGAAAUUCAUUUAAUAAGUGAAAACAACUAACUGUUUUCUUUAUUAAAAAAGAGCGCGCGCACAACCUAACUUGGUAAUAAGCUUGUUAUUGUGUUUAUGAACGGUAACGAAAGCGCGCAAAAAAAGGAGAGAUAGAACAGCAAAACGUGACAGCAAAGCAUAAAAUAUUCGUUGAAAAGAGGAAAUAAUUGCUUUGAAUAAAGGCGAAUACACACACACACUGGCUGGUGUGCAUUCUCGUAACACAUCGAACUAAAAUAUAGCACAAUACAGCAACAGCAUCAAAACAUCCAACAACGAAACAACAUGAAAACGCACAAAAUGAGAACGAACACGGUAAUUGAGUGCGCCAUCAUAUUGCUAACUGGGUUGAGUAUUGUUCGCGGUCAAAGUCUGACAGAAAAAAUUCCAUUAGGUGCAAUAUUUGAACAAGGAACAGAUGAAGUGCAAUCAGCAUUUAAAUUUGCUAUGCUAAAUCACAACCUGAAUGUGACAUCGAGAAGAUUUGAAUUACAAGCAUUCGUUGAUGUUAUCAAUACUGCAGAUGCCUUUAAGCUAUCACGAUUGAUUUGCAAUCAAUUUUCCCGAGGCGUUUUUUCCAUGCUUGGCGCAGUAUCACCGGAAUCAUUUGAUACACUACACUCCUACAGCAACACAUUUCAAAUGCCAUUUGUUACACCAUGGUUCCCGGAAAAGGUACUAACACCAUCAUCCGGUUUUUUAGAUUUCGCUAUUAGUAUGCGACCCGAUUAUCAUAAGGCUAUUAUUGAUACCAUUAGAUAUUAUGGCUGGAAAAAGAUUAUGUAUUUGUAUGAUUCGCAUGACGGUUUAUUGCGUCUACAGCAAAUCUACCAAGGCUUGCGACCGGGCAAUGAAUCAUUUCAAGUAGAAACGGUUAAGCGUAUUGCGAACGUAUCAAAUGCAAUAAAUUUUUUGCGAACACUUGAAACAUUAAAUCGCUUCUCACGAAAAUUCAUUGUGCUCGACUGUCCGAUGGAGAUGGCAAAGGAAAUUAUUAUCAAUCAUGUUCGUGAUAUUUCAUUGGGAAGAAGAACCUACCAUUACCUCCUAACUUCGUUGGUAAUGGAUGAUCGAUGGGAAGCGGAAGUAAGUGAAUUCGGUGCAAUUAACAUAACUGGAUUUCGUAUCAUUGACGACAAUCGACGAUAUGUGCAAGAAUUUUUAGACGGAUGGAAAAAUCUUGAUCCAAACACAUCAAUCGGUGCUGGCAAAGAAUCUAUUUCGGCUCAAGCAGCACUGAUGUAUGAUGCGGUUUUCGUUCUGGUCGAAGCAUUCAAUAAAUUACUUCGAAAGAAACCCGAUCAAUUUCGUAGCUAUACGAUGCGUAAUCGUAUGGGACUACUACUUUCGCCCGUAACAAAUGUAUCCAAUGCAAAUGCAACCAACAAUACAAAUGUGAAUCGUGUGCUCGAUUGCAACACUUCAAAAGGUUGGGUUAAUCCAUGGGAGCACGGCGACAAGAUAUCUCGAUAUUUACGCAAGGUCGAAAUCGAAGGCUUGACUGGCGAUAUUCGCUUCAAUGAAGAUGGUCGCCGUGAAAACUAUACGCUCAAUGUUAUGGAAAUGACGGUGGAUAGUGGCAUGGUCAAAGUAGCCGAUUGGUCGGAUCAAUUUGGUUUUGUAUCGACAAAACAACACGGUGCUGGCGAUCGUGUACAAGCACGUAUUGAUUACGAACGGAAUCGCACUUAUGUUGUUACAGCAAUCAUCGAAGAGCCAUAUUUAAUGUUACGCAAGGGAAAACCCGGCAAAGUACUCGAAGGCAAUGAAUUAUAUGAGGGCUAUUGCAGAGACUUAGCCGAUUUAAUUGCACACAAAUUGGGAAUCAAUUAUGUGCUGCGUACGGUAAAAGAUGGUUCAUAUGGCAGCGAAAAUCCAAACGAGGUCGGCGGCUGGGAUGGCAUAGUUGGUGAAUUGGUUCGACGAGAGGCUGACAUAGCCAUCGCCCCACUGACGAUAACAUCCGAACGCGAACGGGUGAUUGACUUUAGUACGCCCUUUAUGAAUCAUGGCAUUUCAAUAAUGAUCAAAAAGCCAGUGAAACAAAACGAAUCGUUUUUCAGUUUUAUGAGUCCAUUGUCAAAGGAAAUUUGGGUUUGCAUUUUAUUCAGUUAUGUCGGCGUCAGCAUUGUUUUGUAUAUUGUUAGCCGGUUUUCGCAAAGUGAAUGGAGACCAGUGCAAAUAAAAGGAGAUUCAUCGAUUACCAUACCACCAUUGUCGACAACAGCAUCGUCGCACGUAAUGGCCAAAAUGCCAAACAAAUUCAGUUUAUUGAAUUCAUUUUGGUUUGCAUUCAGUUCGUUGAUGCAACAAGCAACCUAUGCAUCACCAUUGAGUUUGUCCGGCCGAAUAGUUAGCGCCGUUUGGUGGUUUUUCACAUUCAUUUUAAUAUCGUCAUACACAGCUAAUUUUGCGGCAUUGUUAACAAUCGAACGAAUGACAACACCAAUUAAUUCAGUCGAAGAGUUGGCUGCACAGCGUUCCAUUCAAUUUGGCACAUUGCACGGCAGUUCAACCAUGGCAUUUUUUAAGAAAUCAACGAUUCCAACAUAUUCGAAAAUAUACGAAUACAUGGAAAAACAUCCUGAAGUAAUGGUGCAUUCGUACGAUGAGGGUGUACAUCGUGUGCGAAAUAGCAACGGAAACUACGCGCUUUUGAUUGAAUCACCGAAAAACGAUUACAUCAACGAGCGUGAGCCUUGCGAUACAAUUAAAGUUGGCCAAAAUUUGGAUAGUCAAGGCUUUGGAAUUGCCACCCCACUCGGCUCUCCACUGAGAAUGCCAAUCAACUACAUAAUUUUAUCUUUGAUGGAAUCGGGCGAAUUAACUAAAUUGCAAAAUAAAUGGUGGCACGAACAAGCCAGAUGCAGUGCAAAUAAAAAGACAACGCAUGAUAUAUACACCAGCGACGGUUUGGCACUGAACAAUUUGGCUGGCAUCUUUUUCGUGUUGAUCGUUGGUUUGAUAUUGUCGCUAUUUGUGGCAACGAUUGAAUUUUGCUUUAAGCAACACGAUCCCAUGAAGCAACAUCAAAAAUUCAAAACAAAACCGGCCACAACGACCGCAAUGAACACAAUACAGGGUAAACCAAAGCUAACCAUUCAAGAGCAACGCGAUUUUGAUAAUGGACGUGUAACGUAUUAUCCAUCGAAUAAUCAGGCUACACAUUUUGAGCCUGAUGUGAUGCAAAUCAACAGUCACGCAACACUGCCGCCACCACCACCAUCUGGUCAUCAAGGUCAUCAAGAUCCACGUAUAGUUCGGCCAUCAUGCGCCAACAAUACAAUACGUCGCAUCAUGACAAAUAGUCGUCAAGAAAUGGAAAAAGUACUCAACGAUACGUGAUAAGCAUAGGUCAGCAGUGUAGAUAAAGUGAACGGCAGCAAUAUUUCUUUUUCAACAUUGUUUCAUUAGCAGAAGCGUCUUUCUUCUUUUUCAUUCGCUCUCUUUCUUUAUUUUUCUUACAUUCUUUUUCAUUUACUGCUAUUUCAUUUUGAAAUGCGAUACAUUUAGCACUUUAACUGUGGAACUCUCUCUCUCUCUCUCAUUCUCUCUCCCCCUUUAUAACUUUUGCUCCUCACUUUCUCUCUCACUCACUCACUCACUCUGUCUGUCUGUGCAUCUUGCUCGAUCUCAUGCAACACCGGUUGUUUGUCGGUGGAUUUGGUAGCGCGGACACGAGCGCGAGUAUGCAAUAAUAACGCACAAUGGCAAAAGCUAUAAAAGAAAGUUAACUUGAAACCGGAACAGGCUUGUGUAUCUGACUCUAUAUUGCUUUCUAGCUAUCUCUCUUUCUCUCUAUCCCGUUUAUUGUUUUCGUUCUUCUUCUGUCGCAUUAUUUUCAUUGCUCGCUCCUUUUGCCCGUUCGUCUGCAUUCUUCUUCUCCUUCAAUUUUUAUUUGUUCCUAUAUAUUUUUUUGUGUCGCUUCUAUCCGAACGGAUGUUUACGUAAUUUCAUUUGAAAAUGAUCCGUAGACAUCUAUCUCGUUUUAUUUUGUUUGUUCAUCCGUUGUUUUAUUAAAUUUUCGACAAGUGAUCCAAGGUGUCUCCUACACUUUUUUUUUACUUCUCUUCGCCGCACUUCAAUAUAAUCACAACUUGAAAACUCGAUGCUCUCUAUCCUUAUUAACUAAAAAUAGCUACAAUUUAAUAAAAAAAAAGUAAAACCGUUUCGAUGGCACAGCAUACACACUCGACAAACACACACACACACAUACGCAAUUCAAGCAGCACCACUCAAGUCGCGGUCUUCUUGCAAAUAUUGAACUGAUUUUUCGUUGUGUGUUUGUCUCUUUUUUUUCAGCUCAGAUGAUAAAAUGAGAAAAGAAAGAGAAAACAAAAUAAGAGAAAAAAAAAUUAAACGAAACUGUGAUAAAUCAAUUGUGUAAUAAUUAUUAUCAAAGCUCCAUAGUUAAUUAAAGUGUAUUAAGAAUGAUUUUAGUUUCAUUUGUCGUCAUAAACACGCAAUUUAUCAUACAUUUACACACAUUCACAAUACACAUGCAUUUAUAAACGGCCAUUGACUUGAUUGAUUUGAGAGAAUAUGUCUAAAAAUAUGAUUUUGCUAACAAGAUUAAUUGUUAACAAUUUAUAAAGUGAAAAUUAUUUAUUAUAUCGAUGAGAAUAAGUAUUGUAUAUUCAUAUUCAAAAUAUUGAGCAUUAAAUUUGCAGCAGAGAGUACUUAUUCACACGCACAUUUCUUGAUUGAAUGCCAAAUGGUUUGGCAUGAGAAGAUGCAAAAUUACGACAAAAACAAUGUUUGCAAGUAUGCACGGUGCAUGCUGUACAUUGCCCCACAUUAAAUUUGGUGUGUCGUAUUCGUUGGAUUUCAGACAAAACCAUGAUGAGAAUAAACAAUAACUUUAAGUCUUUGAUAUGCACGUAAGGUUAUUUCAAAAGUGAGCGACACCCCGCGCGCGCACAUACACACACGCAUACAUGCACUGAUUCAUCGGGGUGCAUUUUUAUGAAGUCAGUUUUUGUUUUUUUUCUUUAUAUAUCGAUGUUUAGCUACGUAUUUCUGUGUGUUCUUUCCCAUCAUCGCCGAUACGUAUCAGCCAUGUAAACACAGAAAUAUGCAGCUUUAUUUCAUGUCAUACAUUAACGGGAAAAAAAAAAACAAAAAUAUCAAGUAAAAAAAACAUAAGAACGAGGAAAAAACGUAUUAGAUUAAGAGUCACUUUUCUUCUUUAAACCGUCUUAAACUUAACCUGCAUUUGUUAAACUUACCAAUAGUGUAGUCGUCGAAUAAGGGAAAAAAUCACACCAGAACGACGUACAACCGAUUUUCAGACAUUUGAUGCAGAAACUUAGAAAAACACAUAGUUGAUGGGAAAACUAACAAGCUAAAUACGAAAAAAAUUUCAUGUAGUAAGAAUCAGUCCACAGUCAAUAGACAGUUAGACACACAUUGAAUCGAUGCAAUUAGCGAAAGAGAGUGAACGCAAAAGAAAAUCACAACCAAAAACAAGAUGUUGAACAUUAUUCUUAGCUCUGAAAAUAAAUGUUGUCUAAUUGAUGAUUAAGAGAGUUAAAAAAAACCGAUAAGACAUAAGAAUAUGAAAUUACUAAAACAUAAUUAUGUAUGUAAUGUAUUGAUAUCAUAAAAACGACAACUGAAGUCACCAUUCGUCAUAAAUAAAUAUAAAAUUAUUGAUGAAAAACAUA